UGUCUCUGGAGAUGCUUGGGAAGGGUGAGAGGUGAUGGUGGCUGCACCCAUUUCCCACCCACGUGUGGAUCAAAUGAUUUCUCAAGGUGACAGCUCCCAACAGCAGAUGCUGACCCUGGGCACCCAAACCUGCUCCCCACACCCCUGCCCACCCCAUCGGGCUGGACCAAGCUUCAAUGCCCACGAAGCCUCCUGAGCCAGCGCUGGUCCCACGGGUGUCCCCAGGGGCCAGGGGGUGGCGGGUCCGGGGUGGGGGGAAGCGGAGCCCGAGGCAGACGGAAAUGUUUAAAUAGUGCCUGCAGGCUCCGCGCUGUUCCCGGCUCCGCUCAGCCAUUAUCUGGGGAGCGGAUGCCGGGGCUCUGUGGGACUGCUAAUGGGCCGGUGCCAUUCCAGCGGGAUGACGCCACUUAGGAUUUGUAGAUGUGCCCUGAUGCCGCAGGGUCUCCUCACUCCUGGAAAUGCAGCUCUCUUCCAGUGUGGCUGAACUCAGCUGUGACGAGACGAUGGACCCACCCGUGGAGGACUUCCAGCAGGUCCUGUCCAUCGACCAAAUCCGCUCCAUCCGUGCCAGCAACAACUACGUGGAGAGACCGGCUGUGUGCUUCCAGCAAGCCCGCUCCAACCCAUCCCUGUCCCAGCUUCCGCACAAGCAAGAGUGGUCCCAGGACCGCCUGGUGUCUUCCACCUUCCAGGACCUGCACCGCAGCCACAGCCAACAGCACCAGAUACCACCUUUGCAACAGCACAUGAGCCACUCCAGCACGGCCAGCUCUGUCUCCCAAAGCACCACGGCCUCCGACCAGCGCCUCCUGAGCAGCCUCACGCCUUCCCACUCUGGGCACUCCCUGAUCCGGACGCAGUCGCGGGCCGGCGAGCUGAAAGCGGAGGAGUCUCCGCUGAAGGGGGUGGUGGAGAAGCCCCCCCUGCAUCCUGGGCACCUCUUCCUCUGCGAGGAGUGCGGGCGCUGCAAGUGUGGGCGCUGCACGGCCGCCCGCAGCCUGCCCUCCUGCUGGCUCUGCAACCAGCGCUGCCUCUGCUCCCCGGAGAGCCUCCUCGACUACGGGACUUGCCUCUGCUGCGUCAAGGGUCUCUUCUACCACUGCUCCACUGACGACGAGGACACCUGCGCCGACGACCCCUGCUCCUGCGGGCCGGGGUCCUGCUGCGCCCGCUGGGCUGCCAUGAGCUUCCUCUCCAUCCUCAUGCCCUGCCUCUGCUGCUACUUUCCUACCCUAGGGUGCCUCAAACUUUGCCAGCGGGGUUAUGACAGCCUGAAACGACCCGGCUGCCGCUGCCAGAGCCACACUAACACGGUCUGCAGGAAGAUCUCUUCCUCCAGCAGCACACCUUUCCCCAAGACGCUGGAUAAGCCGGUAUGACCCUCCUGGGGAGGAGAAGCAGGCUUUUUUCCUCUUCCUCCUCAUCCUUCUUCUCUCCUUGCCAUCCCCCUCCUCUUCCAGCACCCCUUCGUUCUGCAGCGCUCCCCCCCUACCCACCAUAACCCCUUGGGAAUAAGACAGGUGAGCUGGGGGUCCCACAGAGGAGUGCCUGGGGGAGGUGGCACCUGCUGGGGAGUAGUGGUGGUUUUGCACAUGCAGGUGGAGGGGCCAGGAAAGGAAAAGAGGAGGAAGACUGAGGGUGAUUGGGAGUGUGUCUUCAGGACUCUGCUCUGGGAGGGUUUUCAGAGCUGCCACUGCCCCAUGGUGAGGUCCUUCCUGAUGGGAGGACAAGUCAGGUCAAUGCAUCCCCUGUGCAAGAGUCCUCCAGGAGCCAGACC